CAGUUAACUUUUUUCAAAGAUUAUCAGAGAUUUUUUUAAAAAAAAAAUUAAACACAAAGUCUUUGUUGAUUCAUACAGUGAUUUAAAACAAACAAAAACAAUGCAUUUUACACUUAACAUCGGCACAGUUAUGUUUAUAGCACUUGUAUUCAUUAGUCAGUUCAAUGGACAUCAACACCAAUCAGUUUCUGAUAGAAAUGGGUUUCCUUUUUUUCUUCCUGGCUUUGACUUCACUAAUUUUCAGCUGCCAGAAGGCAUAACCUUUCCUAACAACUUGUUUAACAUAACAAAUAUCGGCACUAAAACCCCCGACACUAUGACUACUACUACUACUACUACUAGUAUGGCUGGUGACGGCAAUUCAGUAGAAACCGAUACUAACAAUAAUAAUACUGCUAUCAGUACUGCUAAUCCUGAUGAUCAACAGCCACCCGUUGGUAAUAGUACUGCCGAUUCAGAUAUUAACAGCACUACAUCCGAAUCAGGAAGCGAUACAACUGCCAUACAUACAGGUGCCGAUACAACUGGUGUUACCAGCAAUGAGAAUACCCCACAAAGCCAAACACAAGCACCGUCUGUGAGCUCUGGUGUAAAAACAACAUCAGAGAAACCAAAGCCAAAGUCGUCGGGAAUGACAUGGAUUUUGAUAGCCGUUAUUGUCGUCGUAGUGGUCGCUCUGAUACUUAUACUUUGCAUUUGUGUAAUAAAAAAUCGCGAUUCAAGUGAAAAAAAAUCGAUACCACAGUCAACCAGUGCUUUGCCGACAAAAAUGACGGAUAACACGGAUAAGGUUGGAUCAAUUAAAUCAGGACCACAAUCACCGAUCAAAUUGGACGGAACGUCGGAACCUCCGCCUCCGCCUCCGCCUCCUCCUCCUCCUCCGCCGCCGCCACCACUUCCAGAAAUAUCAUCGGCAAAAACGACUGAAAAGACGCCACCGGUUGAAAAAGAGUCGGACACAGCGGUAGCACCGAAUUCAGAUGGACAGCCAACUGUUGUUGAGGAGAGUAAUGAAGAUCCGACACAUGAAUCGGAAACAACACAAACAACGGUGACGGACACAAAAUCGGAUGAAACAGUGAUCAACAUCGAUGCCGAACCCACUGCCGACAAAUCUAACGGUUCCUGAAAUAGUCUGAUUCAUACUGUGAUUAAAAUCGAUACACAACUA